CCGCGCGCGAAGCAGGCUGGCCGGUUGCUGCUCGUGCACUAUGGAGGAGAAAGCCAAGGACGGCGCUGCCGAAGAGGCGACGUCUUGUCCGCGCAGGAUGUGGAAGAAUUUCCAGGAGAAAAGCAAACCGUUUCUCAGCCCCAAACGGAGCUCGGAAAGACGCAGCGCAGAGGGCAAAAGGGAAUCCGGCUUGGGGAUGUUGAAGCGGAAAAAGAAACAGGUCCUGGACCGCGUCUUCUCGUCCUCUCAGCCGAACCUCUUCAGUUCCACGCCGCCGACUCGUAAAGACGAUGGAGCGCUCUGCGGCCACCCGGACCCGAGCCCUAGUAAAGGACGGGGGCUGUCGGCGCCGGCGGCAGCAGAGGGGGCUUCGGCGAGUAAGCCCGAGAUUUCCGCGUCGGUCCACGGGAGCCCGCAGCUCACCGUCGCGCAUUUGGCGGCGUCCCAGCAGAAGAGCUCGUCCCUGGGGUCGGCGUGCUUCGAGAGGCUGGUGGGCGAGUCCGCCGCGUCCAGCGAGGACGAACUGCGUAAAAACGCCAGCGAUUUAGGCAUCAACACCGUGGGGCCCAGCAAUGUGGAUCUGCCCGGCCCCUUCAAGCCCGGGAUGUACGAGCUGGAGAUUGUGCUGAGGAAGGGCAAUAAUCUGGCCAUCCGGGACAGGCGAGGCACCAGCGACCCCUACGUGAAGUUUAAGAUCACAGGGAAGGAGGUGUUCCGUAGCAAGACCAUUCAUAAGAACCUGAACCCCGUAUGGGACGAGAAGGUCACUCUGCUGGUAGACAGCCUGAAGGAGCCCCUAUAUGUCAAGGUCUUUGACUAUGACUUUGGGCUGCAGGACGACUUCAUGGGUUCUUCAUAUCUUUAUUUGGAGUCUCUGGAGCAUCUAAGAACUCUAGAUGUGAUCCUUGAACUGAAAGACCCCCAAUACCCUGACCAUGACCUGGGAUCGCUGGAACUGGCGGUCACCCUCACGCCUAAGGAGGGCAGUUUCAAGGACGCAACCAUGCUUUUGAGAAGGAGCUGGAAACGAUCCAGUAAGCACCAGAGUCUGAGAUUAUCAGAUAUUCACAGGAAAGCCCAGCUGUGGAGGGGAAUCGUCAGCAUCAGUCUGAUCGAGGGCCGUAAUCUGCAGCCCAUGGAUGCUAAUGGCCUUAGUGACCCCUAUGUCAAAUUCAAGAUGGGUCACCAGAAAUACAAAAGCAAGACGAUUCACAAAACGUUGAACCCUCAGUGGAGGGAGCAGUUUGACUUCCACUUGUACGAUGAGCGAGGAGGUGUUAUUGACAUCACUCUUUGGGACAGAGAUGCAGGGAAGAGAGAUGACUUCAUGGGCAGGUGUCAGGUGGACAUCUCUCUGCUCUCUAAGGAAUGCACGCACAGGCUGGACCUCUCUCUGGAGGAGGGCGAGGGAACACUGGCACUGCUGGUCACCCUCACCGCUUCGGCCGCCGUCUCUAUCGCGGACCUGUCCGUCAACGUCCUGGAUGACCCGCGCGAGAGGAAAGAGAUCCUCCACAGAUACAGUCUCCUGAGAUCCUUCAACAAUAUUAAGGACGUGGGCAUUGUGCAGGUGAAAGUCAUUCGGGCAGAGGGACUGAUGGCAGCUGACGUUACAGGCAAGAGUGACCCCUUCUGUGUUGUGGAACUUAGCAACGACCGAUUGCAGACACACACCGUGUACAAGAACCUCAACCCUGAGUGGAACAAAGUCUUCAUGUUCAAUGUGAAAGACAUCCACUCUGUGUUGGAGGUCACCGUAUACGAUGAAGAUCGCGACCGUAGCGCUGACUUCCUGGGCAAGGUGUCCAUUCCGCUGCUGAGUAUCCAAAAUGGUGAGCGGAAAGCUUAUGCCUUGAAAAGCAAGGAGAUGACAGUGCCAACCAAAGGGGUCAUCUUUCUCGAAAUGGAUGUGAUUUAUAACGCUGUGAAAGCCGGUCUCAGGACGCUGAUACCCAUCGAGCAGAAGUAUAUUGAAGAGGAGCCUCGUGUUUCCAAACAGCUGCUGUUGCGUAACUUCAACCGGGUGAGACGUUGCUUCAUGGUCCUGUUCAACGCUGCCUGCUACGUUAACAGCUGCUUCGAGUGGGAGUCUCCUCAGAGGAGCAUCUGUGCCUUCCUUCUCUUCGUAGUGGUGGUGUGGAACUUUGAGCUUUACAUGGUCCCUCUGGCACUGCUGCUUCCCCUGGCCUGGAACUAUGCCCUCAUCGCAUCGGGGAAGGACGUGAGGCAGGGAGAUGUGCAAGCCGUGGAGGACAUACUGGUGGAGGAGGACGAAGACUAUGACAGAGAUGACAAGGUGCCGGGCUCUGGCGCCUUCCAUGACGGCUGUCUGCCGCAAAGCCAUAUCCUCGAGGAUAUUUUGGCUUCCUGGCACUUUGAGUGGAUUCGCGUCAUGGUGGACUCGGAGAGGAAAGGCUUCAUGAACAAACUGUAUGCCAUUCAGGACGUGUGUAUCAGUGUGCAGAGUGCACUGGAUGAAGUGGCAUCCUAUGGCGAGAGGAUAAAGAACACUUUCAACUGGACCGUGCCUUUCCUCAGCUGGCUGGCCAUUGUGGCGUUGUGUGUGGUCACUGUAAUAGUUUACUUCAUUCCCCUCAGAUACAUUGUACUGGCCUGGGGGGUCAACAAGUUCACCAAGAAGCUGCGUGACCCGUACACCAUCGACAACAACGAACUGCUGGACUUCCUCUCCAGAGUGCCCUCUGAUGUGCAAGUGGUGCAGUACCGAGAGCUGAAACUGGAUCCAAGUCACAGCCCAAAUAAAAGAAAGAAAAACAACCCAGGGUAGCUCUCUUCCUCCUCCCACGGACUCCCCUCUGAACGUAGCACGCCAAGGAGAAAAGCACCACUCUAAGAUGUUCUGUCUUUUCCUCUCUCUCUCUCUCUCUCUCUCUCUCUCCCUCCCCCAUCUCCCUCUUUCCCUCUCUCUCUUCCCCCCCCUUCUCUCUCUCUUUUUUUAAUCCUCUGCUCCUUGACACUGCUGUGCAGUCCAGAGGAGCGUGAGGGGCGAACGUUUAAAAAAAAGAAAGGAAGGAAGGAAGGAAGGAAAGAGGAGCACUUUUAAUUAUCGCCGUGAGGGUUUCUGCCGCACGUGUUUACGUUUUACACAGAGGAGAGCACAGAAAGCUCUUGACCCCUUUUAGAGACGUGCAGCAGGAGCGAUUUGUCACCGCGUGGCACCCGGCGCUCGCCGCUAAAACCCCAAGGUGUCCUUCCGGCCCGGCGGAGGGGGUGCGGCCCCGAACAGCAGCGGUGCGCCCCGUCGAGCUGGCCUGUCGCAUCGCUGUUGUGUGAGGGGGGAAUAUAUGAUGGGUAGGGUGCAGUUUGGGCUCUGCAAUUUCCAGAGCUCAGCGAGGACCACACCCAGAGCCUUCCACAGCUGUUAGGCAACAGUUAUUAGAGUUGUCAGCAAAGCCUGUUGCAGUUCGAUUUAUGGCCAUAACUAGGGGUGAGGGAGGGGGGGAGCUGGAAUAUCUGGUAUUUCUGAAUUUCUUAAAAUAUUUCUGAUGAUUUCUGAUUACAUUGUAACAGAAUGAAUGACACCUGCUUGGUUCAUCUACACUUCAUUAUAAAAAACAAUAAAAAACAAGCCAAAAAAAACCCCAACUAAAUAGUGGCAUGCCGAUAGUAGCUAUAUAUGACGUAUAUGACAUCUGCUGUGGUCCGGCUGCAUGUCCUGGGCCACAGCCUGCUCCUCGCCAUGCUGCAGGGUGCAGUAUAUUGUGUUUUCUCCUGGAGACGCCAGGAUGCGCCUCCUUGCUAAUGUGAAUGUCGGCACAGGUGCUCAGUAUGGCAGGGGAGUGCCGCGCUAAUCGUGUUGCGGAGCCCCCGAUCAUCUCCUCUCCUCUGCCCCGACCCCACCUGCUGCUCCCGGCCAUCCCUCUUCUUUGAUGUCUCCCCGGAGACACGCUGCCUGGGUAGGGAGGGAGAACUUUGUUGGGGCAAAUAGCUCUGCUGGGGCAGUCUUUGUAGGGAGGGGCAGUCUUGACGGAAGCGCGGAUAGCGCGUGAUGGGCUGCGUUGGGGACUUGGCAGUGGGGCGGGGAGAUGGGAGUUUACGCCGCCGCUGUAGCUCUUCCCACCAGCCUACUGCUGGGUUCAGCUCGCUCCGCCGCCUCCACCCCUCCAUCCGCCCGUUGGAGGAGGGGGUCACGGCUCAGGCUGCGCCCGCUGCCCCGAGAGGGAUCUGAGAAAUCGCAGCAACUGCACCAUCAGAGGAGUCUCCCACUGCCCCAGUCCCUCGUGAGGAGACGAGACGAAAAAACCACUCAUUGCUUCCCUUCCGUACGGUCACGUCUGCCACUGGAAAGCCAAGUGAUUUGGUGGGGCGCAUUUCCUUACAAAAACAACGUUCUCCCCGCUGACCAAGACAUUGAUAGCACCAAUAAAAAUCAGAAAAUAAUGAGAGCACUCAUGUUUUCAAAGGGAUGGAUGUUUUUUUUUUUUCCAAGCCUGACUGUGUAUGUACUGUUUAAGUUUCUUUUUAAUUAUCCAGUGAAUAUAUUGUGUCUUUUCGCAUCCAAGAAAAAAAAAAUUAAACUUUUUUAAAGGUAUAUAUGCUAUGUUUACAAGAAAACCAAAGUGGAACUUUUUAAGGAAUAUUAACAGUAAAGACCAAUAUUGUUGUUGAAUGCAACGUUACCAUCAAAGGCAAGGCACAUUCAUUUGCUGUGAUUUUUGAAACUAUUUGAGUUUUAUUUUUAAACUGUAAAUAUUCUCAGUGUACAUUAUAUAUAUGCUUGUAAAUGGUCAGAUGAUGUAUGUAUAGUGAUGAUGUAUAGUUCUGUGUGUAGUUUCUCUUGAAGAUGUUCACGCCUGCAGUGUUAUCUGUUCCCACAUCAUGAACUCUGAACGGUUGGAUGAGGUGGUAAUUAUAGCAUGUGUAGGCAGAGAACGGAAGAGCUGUGCUAAAAUGCUCAAAUAAAUGCAUUCAGAAGUAUGUCAUUUACUUUUCAAAAUAAGAAAAUCUGAGGAAUAUUAAAUAUUUUUUAGCAUCUCCUGUUUUUUGUCCUGUUUGUCAUAUCUAAAGAGGAGAAUAAUUGAUGAACGA